CUUAUCGCUCACAAGCAGGCGCGAAACCGUGCUGCGCUAUCCGAGCGAUCUACACAAAAACACAAGCCUCCCCAGCGAGAGCUGCAGCAGACCCGUCAGUGACAGGUUGUUUUCCAGUUAUGCAGGCGGCAGGCAACAGAAGGAAAAAGUCUUUCUGUUCACAGAGAAGACAAAAGGAUGAUAUGCGAUCACCUGAGACGAUUGUUGGCGCUUUUUAUGAUAUUCUGCGCCAUUCGAAAUUCUUCCAUCGCCCAGGGAGCACGAGAUUCCGAAAGAAAAAUGUCUAUGCUGCUGAAAGAGGAGCCAGAAAACCCAAAGUGCUUCGUUGAAGGCAGGAAGGACUUCACAUGCUUCUGGGAGGAAGAUGAAGAGCGGGCCGGCUCUUUGGAUCAGUACUCCUUCACAUACACCUAUCAGAAUGAAAACAGCAGCAGGUGCCCACUGAGAGCACUCCCUGCAGCCGGCGGGAAGAGGCUGUUCGUCUGCCAUCUGAACCAAACCCAGAUGUUUGUCCAAAUGGACAUACAAGUUCAUCGAGAGGGAAGACUAAUCCACAACCGCAGCCUUUUCAUCGAGCUUGUCUUUCUUCCGGACCCUCCGGCUAACGUGACGGUGAGCAGCACGGGUCAGCAAGGUCAGCUGAAUGUCAGCUGGGUGCCUCCUCCACUCAAGUACAUGGAUGACAGCAUGAUGUACGAGGUCAGCUACACUACGGCGGACAGCUACGUUGGACAGGUAGAGGUGGUACGAGCCAGCUCAGAGCUGAUCCUGAGAGGUCUGCAGCCGGGCACAAAGUUCAAGAUGCAAGUCCGUGUGAAGCUCGACGGGAUUAGCUACAAUGGCUAUUGGAGUGCCUGGAGUGACCCGGUGUUCAUGGAAACACUGCCUGCGGAACUCGACCACCUCAUCAUGUCCCUGACUCUCAUCAUCUCCUUCAUCCUCAUUGUGCUGUCUCUCACCGUGCUCCUGUCCCAUCGAAGGUUUGUUGUAAAGAAGAUUUGGCCGACUAUUCCAACUCCUGACAGCAAAUUCCAAGACCUGUUCAGUGUUUAUGGUGGCGACUUUCAAGAGUGGUUAGGGCAGACCAAUGGAGGCAUAUGGUUGAGUCCAGCUCUUUUCUACUCGGAAGAAUGCCCUUCUCCUCUGGAAGUCCUGUCAGAACUCCCACACCCCUCACUGCCUUUCCCGCCUUUGCCACCUAAGGUAUCUGGAGCUUUGACCACAGGCGGAAAGGAGGACAAGGACGUAAAGACAGGACUGGACCAGAGAGAUUUGUUGGAAAGCGAUGAUUCAGCUCUGUCAGAGCAAUGGAGAGCAACACCACACAACCAUUGGCUGAUGGACCGCUUAAGGGCACUCCACCAGAACCCCGUUCCCUGCUCCAAGUCCUCUCUGCUGGAGUCCCAAGACGCCUACGUCACCCUCAGCGCCAACAACCGCAGCGUAGACGAACACCAUGAUGAUGUUCUUGAGGAGACCUUACCCCUCGAGGUGCUUUUUGCCUCCAGAAAGACAGUGUCUUAUGAAUCUCACUCCGACCUGGGAUCCGUGCAGCAGAGCUUCGGGUCGGGUCGCCUCUCGUCACAGUCCAGCUUCGAGUACCCAAACCCCGCCUGGAUGGCCAAAGGCCCUGGGUACACCUACAUGGCAGUGGCAGACUCUGGGGUCUCUAUGGAUUACAGCCCCAUGACCAGAGUAGACGACAUUGGAAAAGUGGUCAUCUACGCCAAUGAGUACAAGAACGAGAUCCCCACUCCUAGAAGGCCCUUCCUGCUGAGGCAUUACCCCGUUGACGAUGACGGCUGAGAGGGAGCAAAGCUGGACGGGCUACACAUGGACUGAGCCUUGAAGCAGGCUCGGUGAAGGGUUUUUGGAUAUUCAACCAAAGUCAGCCUCUUAUUAACUGUUCAAAAAGGUGUACCAAGGAAUUGGGAGCAGACUGAUACCGAAGUAGAGCUAAAGGACUUAGGAGGAAGAGUCCGCUGGAUGUACAUACAGCAUUCGUACUUUAUCCGAACCACAGCUGUGGUUUACACCAAAUACUGAUAGUCAGUGCAAAGGUCUGCAUGCUGAUCUGUAAGUAUCCUAUCAUGUAGAUCACAGCAGAUUUCCUUUUAUAAUUCAACAAACUUUGAGUGUUUUCAGUGACUUUCAUUCAUAUGUAAGGCAAGUGUACUUUUUAAGCUUGAAUGACAGAAUGGCUAUUAUCUUAAAAUACAGAACAGACAUCCUGAGAAUGAACAAUACAGGCCAAUGCGCUUUCCCUGUUCCUUUGAUAUGUGUUAACGGAUAUUGUGAUAUUCAAUAUGUUUUGUAUCGUCAACAAAUCCUGCCUCCAUGUGUUGCCCGUGUAAUCAAAGCCUGAUAUAGCAUACCUCUCUCUAAUCAUUAUCGAUGACAUGAAUUCUUGCAGUUACGUACAUGGAAGUCUUUCCCAUUUCUGUUAUUCACCCCAUAUGACGUGAACAACAUUAGGCACAGCAGUGCUUUUUGCUAAAUGCUAAUGUCAGCAUGCUACAUGUUUAGCAGGUAUAAUGUUUACCAUUUUCAACGUGUUAGUUUUUGCCAACAUUAUUAGAGUGUCCAUGCUAACAAUUGACAAUAAACACUAUAUGCAACGCACAGCUGAGGCUAAUGGGAAUGUCAUGUUUGCAGGUGGUUGGUCAUAAACCAUAGUGUUGGACAGAUUACAAUGUUCAACUUCAAUUCAACACUUCAUCCACUGAGGACGCUGAAUGUACACAUUUCAUGGCAAUCCAUAAAGUAAUUGUUAAGAUAUUUCAGUUUGGAAUAAAGUAAACUGACAGACCAACUGACCAACGUUGCCAUUCUUUAAAAGAACGUGACAUGUUCCAUUAUUAUGCUGAACAUGGGUACUAGGGUUUAUUUUUGAGUCAAACUCGCAUACACCAAAUAUGUAUUAAUACCAGUUACUCCUCUUUGACGAAUGUUUGCUAAAAACUACAAUGCCCAGAUGUUUAAGGAAAUAAAGAUUUAGUAAGAACCAAUGGGCUUGAGGUUGAAUGCCACUGACAGGGUAGGAAAGUCAUAUAUACUAACACUGAUAACACUCAUAAAACAUACUAACUCUGUUGGUUUUGGGAUUUGUUGACAAUAACAAAAACAUAGAAAAUUGCCAGCCUUAUAUUUGAAAAAUAGCCUCAAAUUUAAAUCAAAAAGCUUACACUUGAACCCUGCAGUAGGGCUGGGCAAUGAAUUGAUAAUAUAUAUAAAUAUAUAAUAUCAAUAUUGUGUAAAUAUUUUGUUAAAGCACCAAAUAUAUAGUAAACUCUACAAUAUCGUCGCAAUAUCGAUAUUGAGGUAUUUGGUCAGAAAUAUUGUAAUAUUUGAUUUUCUCCAUAUCGGCCAGCCCUGACCCGCAGCCAUUACUUUAAUGUCAUUUCCAAAUCGGAAGAACCUCACUGUAUUUGUAAAUAAUAUGAUGGUUUUUGUAUUUUAUUACAAAUGUGGAAUCCUGGAACAAAUUAAGUAUAAUUAGUACUACUGUAGUCAAUAUUAAUUCUGAUGUAACUGUAGUUGUUAGUCUUUUAUUUUCUUGUCAUGUUUAUUAGCUUGUGUUUUUAGUGACUGCUGCCAUCUAACGAGCCGAGCAUAUACAGUUACACAUAUACAUUUCUAUUCAAAACAUUUAAAUUCAUUGCCGUUUUUAAAUCAAACUGAAUCAUUUCCAUGUUUUCAUGCUUGUUUGCUUUGGAAAAAAUAUCUUGUAACUGAAAUUGUAGCUACUCUAAAAGUAAAAAAAUAAAAACUUAACUAUA